ACUAGGGACAAAACCAUAAGGGAAACCAUGGAAUAAAGAGCAGCAACGCCAGAUCCCAGGCGAAAUGUGUGUCAGGAUUCCAUACAGAAGUCCACCAUGGAACUAAGAGUAACAAACCCAGAUCCCAAACAGACAGUGUGUCAGCAUUCCAAUGCGCUCCGCAUGCCGGAUCUUCCAGACAGCCGAAACAUGACCUAGUACAGCCGCAAACUUAUCAACAACAAGGGAGGAGAGCGGAUUAAUUCAGACUGGGCAGGCAUCGGAGAAAAGGUGACAUCUCCCAAGCAAUGAACAUGAAACUUAAUGAAAAAAGUAUGGUACAUUUUGCCACCUCUGAUUCUCCAGCAGACUACACAGGAUACCUCAACAAGAGAGGUUCACAGAAUUCAGGCUACAAGAAAAGGUGGUUUGUUUUAAAGGGGAAUCUACUAUUUUAUUUUGAGAAUCGGGAUUGCAGAGAACCUGUGGGCGUAGUCGUGCUUGAAGGGUGUACUGUGGAACUCUGCCAGUCCAGUGAAGAGUAUGCAUUUGCAAUUUCAUUUAAUGGAGCAGGAUGUCAUCCUUACAUCUUAGCAGCAGAAUCUCAAGAUGAAAUGGAGGGUUGGGUGAAAGCCUUGUCUAGAGCUAGUUUUGACUAUAUGAGACUUGUUGUGAAGGAGCUUGAAAUGCAGCUAGAACUGAUGCAAAAAAGCCAUACUCGUAAAAAGCAUAGCCGGUACCGAGGUAAGGCCCGCACUGUUGCCCGUACAAAAUGGGAAAAUUCUUCACAGAUGUGCAACCUAAAUGGCUUUGUGAACUCAGAAGACUCCAAUAUGGCAUCGCAUACCAGUCAGAAGGCUCCGGCAUGGCAAUACAACCAGGUUAUUCCACCACCUUUACCCCCUCGUAGACGUGGUGCUCAGUGGGUUGAUGCUGUAACACCAACUUCCUCUGUUAAAUUAUUGGAAAGCCCAGUGUGUCCUGGAACUGUCUGUUUCCACAAACUGCACGAGUGGUAUGGAAGAGAAAUUGAAGAGAUACGAAGAAUUUGGCAGAAUGAACAGAGAAGCCAACAUGAAUCCGCAUAGGAAAAUUAUAUAUUUGGCUGUACAAGCCUUGUGUUAGAACUGAUUUUAUAAGUCGUAUGCAU